CGCGGCCGCUCGGCGCUUCGUUUUGCACGGCAGCGCAGGCGUUGCUCCCUUUUUGAAUGUUUGUUUGUUUCGCUUCCCUUUCGCCGUCGCGCACACGACCCUCCACGUCGUAAAGGUCCCCCCAGUCGAGAGCGGCGCGUCGACGUACGACGACGAUGCGCAUCGAGGAGUAAAAGCCAAAAGAGAAGUGAAUCGAAAGGAAAACGCCGAGGUAGCGGUGUGAUAACGUUCGCCGGGGGUGGUCCAUGCCCCCCCUCCCCGUAUAUCAGCUCCGAGUGAAAGAGUUGAAGACGGAAGCACCGAAACUGUUUAUGUGAAUGUACGUAUACAAUCACUGAGAGGAUAACACUGGUGAAGCAUCUACGAAGCAGUAACCAUGGAGGACGCCCAUUGUAAAUCCGUGGAUGAUGUAGUAAAUUAUUUUGGCGUCGAUGCCGACAAGGGACUGGCUCCUGAUCAAGUCAAGAGGAACCAAGAGAAAUAUGGUCUCAACGAAUUGCCAGCUGAGGAGGGAAAAUCCAUCUGGCAACUCGUCCUGGAACAGUUCGAUGACCUUCUAGUUAAGAUUCUUCUAUUAGCUGCUAUUAUUUCUUUUGUAUUAGCCUUAUUUGAAGAACACGAGGAUGCGUUCACGGCCUUCGUCGAGCCCUUCGUCAUCCUGCUCAUCCUUAUCGCCAAUGCCGUGGUCGGCGUCUGGCAAGAACGGAACGCUGAGUCCGCGAUUGAGGCGCUCAAGGAGUACGAACCUGAGAUGGGUAAGGUCGUACGAUCGGACAAGUCCGGCGUCCAAAGGAUCAGGGCCAAGGAGAUCGUGCCCGGUGAUGUGGUAGAGAUAUCGGUCGGCGACAAAAUCCCAGCCGACAUCCGUCUAUCCAAGAUCUUCUCGACCACCCUCAGGAUUGAUCAAUCCAUUCUGACCGGUGAAUCGGUAUCCGUAAUCAAGCACACCGAUCCUAUACCCGACCCGCGUGCUGUCAAUCAGGAUAAGAAGAACAUCUUGUUCUCUGGUACCAACGUCGCCGCUGGCAAAGCUCGCGGUAUCGUCAUUGGAACCGGCUUGAACACGGCUAUCGGUAAGAUCCGUACGGAGAUGUCGGAAACCGAGGAGAUCAAGACACCGUUGCAGCAGAAGUUGGACGAAUUCGGUGAACAGCUGUCGAAAGUGAUUUCCGUGAUUUGCGUCGCCGUGUGGGCCAUUAACAUCGGCCACUUCAACGACCCGGCUCAUGGUGGAUCCUGGAUCAAAGGUGCUAUCUACUACUUCAAAAUUGCCGUCGCUCUCGCUGUAGCGGCCAUUCCUGAGGGUCUGCCCGCUGUAAUUACGACUUGCUUGGCUUUGGGCACUAGGCGUAUGGCUAAGAAGAACGCCAUUGUACGAUCUUUGCCAUCCGUCGAGACUCUGGGUUGCACGUCCGUUAUCUGCUCCGAUAAGACCGGCACUCUAACGACUAAUCAGAUGUCUGUUAGCCGAAUGUUCAUCUUUGACAAGGUCGAGGGUAACGACAGCACCUUCCACGAGUUUGAGAUCACCGGAUCGACUUACGAGCCCAUCGGUGAGAUCUUCCUGAGAGGACAGAAGAUCAAGGGACAAGAUUACGAGACGUUACAGGAGAUCAGUACUGUCUGCAUCAUGUGCAACGAUUCCGCAAUCGACUUCAACGAUUUCAAACAGGCAUUCGAAAAGGUCGGCGAAGCCACAGAAACCGCCUUAAUUGUUCUUGCCGAGAAGAUCAACCCGUAUGGCGUCUCGAAGAGCGGUCUAGACCGCCGUGCUGGCGCUAUCGUAGUCAGGCAAGAUAUGGAGACGAAAUGGAAGAAGGAGUUCACGCUGGAGUUCUCUCGCGAUCGCAAGUCCAUGUCGUCAUACUGCGUGCCGCUCAAACCAUCGAAACUGGGAACCGGACCGAAGCUAUUUGUCAAGGGCGCGCCUGAAGGUGUGCUGGACAGGUGCACGCACUGCCGCGUUGGUGGCCAGAAGGUGCCUCUCACGUCGACUCUGAAGAACCGCAUCUUGGACUUGACUCGGCAAUAUGGAACCGGCAGAGACACGUUGCGCUGUCUCGCCCUCGCCACCGCUGACCACCCGAUGAAGCCCGACGACAUGGAUCUGGGUGACUCCAGCAAAUUCUAUACCUACGAGAAGGAUCUCACGUUCAUCGGCGUAGUAGGCAUGCUUGAUCCACCUCGCAAGGAAGUACUCGACUCGAUCGCGAGGUGCCGUGCCGCCGGUAUUCGUGUAAUCGUCAUCACUGGUGACAACAAAGCCACCGCCGAGGCUAUCUGCCGACGUAUUGGUGUGUUCGGUGAGGACGAAGAUACCACCGGCAAGUCGUACUCCGGACGUGAAUUCGACGACCUUGCUACGUCGGAACAGAAAUCUGCUUGCGCUAGAGCUCGUCUCUUCUCCCGUGUAGAACCGGCUCACAAGUCCAAGAUCGUAGAGUACUUGCAAAGCAUGAAUGAGAUCUCGGCUAUGACCGGCGACGGUGUAAACGACGCUCCCGCAUUGAAGAAAGCUGAAAUCGGUAUUGCUAUGGGCUCCGGCACUGCGGUCGCGAAAUCGGCUUCGGAGAUGGUGUUGGCAGACGAUAACUUCUCCUCCAUUGUAGCCGCUGUUGAGGAAGGCCGUGCCAUCUACAACAACAUGAAACAGUUUAUCCGUUAUCUAAUUUCUUCCAACAUCGGCGAGGUUGUCAGUAUAUUCUUGACCGCCGCUCUUGGUCUUCCCGAAGCUUUGAUCCCAGUGCAACUUCUGUGGGUCAAUCUGGUCACUGAUGGUCUUCCAGCUACUGCUCUCGGCUUCAACCCGCCCGAUCUCGACAUCAUGAGCAAACCUCCCCGCAAAGCUGACGAAUCUCUGAUUUCUGGAUGGCUAUUUUUCCGCUAUUUGGCUAUUGGUGGAUAUGUAGGUGCUGCCACCGUCGGCUCGGCUGCCUGGUGGUUCAUGUACAGUCCAAAUGGACCUCAAAUGAACUACUACCAAGUGACUCAUCACUUAGCGUGUCUUGGUGGUGGAGACGAGUUCAAAGGCAUCAACUGCAAAAUCUUCGCGGAUCCUCAUCCCAUGACGAUGGCUCUCUCUGUACUGGUCACUAUUGAAAUGUUAAACGCCAUGAACAGUUUGUCGGAGAAUCAGUCGCUCAUCAGCAUGCCGCCUUGGUCUAACAUGUGGCUCAUCGCCUCCAUGGCCCUUUCUUUCACACUCCACUUUGUCAUCCUGUACGUCGAUGUUCUUUCGGCCGUAUUCCAAGUGACCCCGUUAUCGAGUGAAGAAUGGCUUACCGUUAUGAAGUUCUCCAUUCCAGUGGUACUUCUCGACGAAACCUUGAAGUUCAUUGCCAGAAAGAUCACAGACGGUGAGAAUCCAAUUUACACCGUACAUUGGAUUGUUCUAAUGUGGGCUGUGUUCUUUGAACUGUUGUAUAUCUGUCCCAUAUAGAACGUCCGUGAGAUAAUAUUAUUAGUCUAGCAGACGAUGUUUUUUUCCUAUGGAAAAGCAUCCGCGACUAAAUCCUUGGACUUGCAAUUUGCAUUUAACCGAAGCUCUUCCCUCCGUGACGCGGGAAGGCGCGAGAUAAGUUAUUAACAGAGAGUGCGUUCAAGUGAGAUUUUAACCACAGUUUGACUGUUGUGCAUGGUGUUAGUGCGACCAUACGAGAAAAAAAAAAGAAUAUGCCCACUAAGGCCCACCAUGCCCGCAUCAUACACACCGUACCUUCUCCCCUGAUGUCGCUCAACGAUCACGAGUUUCGAUUGACAUCGAGUGAUCUAAGAGAGACCCGUCGUAAUCAAAGAUUGUGAUCGUUAAAUUAUUUUCUACGAGUGCCUUUUGAAUAUUGAAUUUCCUCUGCAACAAACACGGAACUGUUCAUAGAUGUUCUUUCUUAUAAAUACGUUCGGUGACUUCCUUUUCACUCCAUGCGUCCCAUGCACUUACUAUUUAUAUUUCUUCUUUUCUCCCCAAUUUCGUACUCUUUGUUGUAGUUAGCACCCGAUAAUUGUCGAUUAUAUAGUAUACUAAUAAUAGUAGGGUUGAUUUUAAUUUUCGCAUGCCUUCCAUCUAUGUUUCUCGCCGAUAAAAUCGUUUGCGGUUGCACGUCGAGUCUCUGACUUUCGACGUCGCAUUUCGUCCCAGCCGGGGUUCUGUAUACCAUCUUUUAUAUAUUAGUACUAUGCUUAGUAUAUAGAUGUAUCACUACAUGUGUUGCGCGUUAAUUAGACGCCAAAAAUCGAAACAAAUGCAAAUCACACUGCUCGAGAAAUUGGGCGAGUUUUUUAAUUUGAUGGAUCCAUCGAUGAAUUAAAAAACUUGCCCGGGCGCGGACCGUGGCUGAGAAGAAACGCACCGAGAAUAUCCAGUCUCGAGUCGCAAAAGAUCGUAGUUUUUACGACGCAAAUUUUUAUAUCUCCUCGCACGUUCGCGACAUAUAAUUGAUCCCGAUCGAUUUGGAAAGUACAAAGUAGUUUGCUCGUUAACGGCACACCGGGCGAAGUAAUGGCUUUGGCUGCGACGCGCAAGUUGCAGACAAAUACACACGGCGCCUACAUGAACUUGUGUCACGUGGCAAUCCCCUUAGAGUAUAUAACAUGCAUUUACACAACGAAGACAAUAAGUAACGAUCGGCAGAAGUAUAGAUGGAACUCACUAUCUCUCUAUCUUCCCCUCUCUCUUUCUCUCUUUCGAUAGUAGUGUUAUAUUUGUCUCCUUUAUAAUUUUCUUUUCAGGCUGAGUCUAUUGCACGCACGCUGCACGAAUCGGCAAUACGUUUCGACUCGCGCGAUUAACGUACAAUCGUUCAUUAAAUUCCGCUUAUACACGUUUCCGUUGCUUUAAGUGUCGCUUGUUUUUAAUGACACAUUAAUUGGUGGUUUCUUAAUGUCUGGUCUGUCCGUUUCGAUGCAGUCAAAACUGGAACAACCACCUGGCAAAUUUCAAGAGAAUGAUCAUACAGGGACUUUGUAUUAACGGAUCUCAUUUUGUAUCCCGCGACACCACCGUGUCUUCCUCCCUCGUAGCGAUAAAAUGCAUGCACGGUGUGAUUAAUAGCACGUUUUGUGUUUCCCUUUAUUCUGUUGUAAUCUGUGCUUCUCGGUAAUCAUAUUGUAUAUCCUGCUGUGCCAAUAUGCGAUCGACGAGUAUAACAGUUCAACGACUUCCACAGAUCUCUGUGCGAGAGAUAACGUCGUUAACGUUUUAGCAAAGCAAGAAGCUGCGUUCCAUGUACGCGUUUAUACGCAUUAUAUCGUUCACAGCUUGUAACGGGACAAUCGUGUAAGCAAAAUGUUGUAAAUAGAGUUAGCCUCUUCUUGGACGAACUAGCCGUCGCGGAGUAUUCAGCAAAGAUACAUUUUUUAGAAAUGAUUCCCAGCGUGACUGGCACAGCAGGAUUUUUUGUCUCUAAUUUCUCCCACUGUGCAUACGCACUGUAUACACACACACGCAUCCUGUCCCUCAUAUGUGUACUCCCUAUACGUGUGAUUUUAUGUAUUCUCUAAAAAUUGAUUGUCAUGCAAGAGAUUUAUCGCUAAUUUCCGGAUAUGGACUGCAAAGGCUCGUAAGUGUAAAAAUAAGGCAACCGUCAAGCAGAGGAAAAUAGUGACGUCGUGAAAUUUCUCAUGCGCUCGAAACAGACGGGGCAGUCCAUGCGUUUUCUAAUGCAUUUGUUCAUGUUUACUAUCAUAUUUACUAUCAGAGCAGUGUUCCGAACACGCAAACACUCAAUAUCGAAAUUGAUUGUCCCUUUUGAUAUUGAUAGCGAUAUUAAAUCGUCAUUCUUUGAUCAUCGAAUUAACGAGAAUAUGACAUGUUUUUUUUUCUUUUUUUUUUUUUAAUAAAUUUAUUACCAACAUCAGCGAUAGUCUCACUUUACACUUAGCAUUUUCUACACACCCUACUCCUGAAAAUUUCGUAUUUCUUUCAAAAAUUUGUCCGUAUUAAAGUUUUGCAGAAACAUAUUUAAUUACAAAAAUCUUAUUUCAACGAAACUUCGCAAAUAAGCGGAGCAGCUCGAUGAGUGAAUUUUUGGUUUACGCCGAAGAUUGUGAUUUCAACGCGUAAAAGAAAAAGUUCCUAAUUAUCCCCUCUCUAGAUAUUCUCAUCGCAUAAAUUAUUCAACACUAAAGACUCAUGUCACGGCAAAUUGCGUUAGUGGAAGUCCCAAGGACUCAUCUCCGAAUUUCUCUUCGACGAGUGACGUCUCUCCAUUCGGAGGAUUGUAUCUCAGCGAGCUGGAGACAAUUCAUUCAUCGAGUUUGUUACGCGUAUUCGCAGGGUUUUGUACGCGAUCGGUCGAGGACACUUGUCGAUUGAGUGAACACGAGUUCGGCCACUGCCUUAGCUACACGCGCCACUUGCGAAACAAAUAAUCGGUGUCGUCACGAGUACGUGGGCCUUCGAUGCAUCUGGCCGCUCGGGUCAGUUGAUCCCUCGGAUCUUGUUCUGUUGGCGGGAGCGUAAUCGUGGUUGGUAAUCACGAAGGAAAGACCGAAAUCGAGGGAGUGCCGAAAGGGAGAUGACGCUGUCCCACUUUCAGUCGUUCCUUUUCUCAUUCGCCAGCAGCACGUAUGGAAACUCUCAUUUCACGGCAGGACGAUGUUCUCGAAUCUUGUCCUUUGGCUACGUUCGAUCGCAGCUUCGCUGAAGAACGACGAAACUUGCAGCGACAAAGAAAGCGAUCAGCGGUAGCGGAGAGACGAAUUUCGCGUCGUCGUGUCGCGGAUGUAGGCGCGCUUCGCAAAACGGCUGUGUCUCCCGCCAGCAGUGCACGACCCGAGGCUUAUCCGGAUCUUCGUAGAGAUCGCCGCGAUUCAGUGCGCGCCACUUCUCGAACACGUGCAAACGCAACAAGACUGACGAUGUGUUCCGCGGAGGAGUGGAUCGUCCGCUGCUAUCGGCGCGCGACGCAUAAUAAUGAUAAUAUUAAUAAUUUAAUUGCGCCGCGUGGUCGGCAACUCAGAAGCUGGCCGCGGUCGCGCGGUCACGAUAUAGUGUAAUAUAAUUAAUUAAUUAGUAACGGUUAAGGCGUGAUACUUUUGGUAUGGGCAUAACUAAACUUAAUCGGACCAAACGAGUUAGCGCUGCCAUGCACUAACGAACUUGUGUCUCGAGUAGUGUUCUGUUCCGCAAGUAACGCGAUUGGUUUUUCAGCGAGAGAUAAGCUACUGGCGCGUGUCCCUCGGCUGGUACCUGUGAUCCUUGCGGGAGAUAACUGUACGGAAACCAUUCGCGCGAUGAAUUCCACGUCUCGCGGAAGCACGAUCAGAUCGAGUAGCAUGGUGAAACGUAUCGCGAGCUGUGCCCGAUUUUCGCACGCGCCAAGUAACUUCGAUUUUCGCUCGUAAAAGGAGUCUUUAUCGUAUACAUCGGCGGAAGUUAACGGAACUUCAAACCACUAUCUGUCUCCUCAUAGAGGUGAAGAACCGUAGACGAACCGGAGAAUCGGUUAAAACUCCGUUAACUUUAAUCAGUGUUUAUAGAAGCCGCUCAUAGACUCUCAGAGAGAUAAAACUAGACGAGAAACUCCGAGUUCGUUCUCACCUGGCAAUUUCCUGAGCCAACUUCUUCGAAAGUCUUCGCGUUCACCCCGACGCGUCGGGGCGCAGAAUUCUCGAAUGCAUUCCCGACUCGGAUGUAGCGCGAUCGACUAACUAACAGCAUACGAUCACUGGAGCACAGGUAUCACACGCUGGGGAUCCACGCCCGUGUGAAGAGUCUAAUGCAGUUCUGUGACGCUCAAUAAACCCGACGAAAAUAAUCGCGGGGGCCCGGAUACAAGGGGGUGCAAGCGACGAGUCUCGAAGGAACUCGAGAACAGCUUCGAGCCCGCGCUUGAUCGAACUCGAAGAUCCGGGAAAAAGGGGGACUCUAAAUGCGAAGUAGAGCACGAGUACCCGCAGGAUCGUAUUCACGAGAAACGACAGCUCGCGAAGUCCCAUCCAUGAAUGAACACGCGCUUUUUAUCGGAUUCUUCGGGAUUCGCAUUAGCUUGGUGUAUCUCUUUGCGUCCGGAUCACCCGAUUCGCUCUGCGUUCGUCCACGAUAUAUCUGUAAGUACUUGAGUGUGCAUUGUAUCUUACGUUGAUCGAGAAUGACGGAGUAGUGCCAUCUCGACGAAGAGAGAAUACUGCGUGGCGUCAUGCAAAUAUCGAUGUGUUCGCUUGUCAGAAGGUGAAAUUUUAGCGUGUACGUUUUCUUAAUUUAUUUAUUAUUGUGCUACCUCCUGAAAACAAACACACAUACACACACAAGAUGGUAACAUUCGUUCUCGUUGCAACUCUUUGCAUACCUCACAUAUCACAUAUACAAUUUAUUAAUCCGUGACUUUCGAACGAGAGAGAAACUAAACUAAAGACGAGGAGAAAGAAACUAAAAACGAGGAGAACAGCGAGUGAGAAAUUAUUCUUUCUUAUCUAUGGAAAAAAAGAAAUAUUCGAUUCACUCACGUGCAUCUGAAAGCUGGUUUCUCGGUGAACGUUCUCAUCGACUCUUGUGUGACGUCGUUACGAACAAACACGGUGUCCAGCGACGAUGAGACUACGAUCGCGUCGUUUCCUGCAGGAAGUACCUAUCUCUAACGAUAAUAAAGUAAUGUUAAUAUUAAUAACUUAUGGAUUGCAUUACGAACAUCGAGUGAUUUCGAGUAUAAAUACAUAUAUAUAUAUAUUCGCCGCGGAUCGCGCUUCGCGGCGUGUGACGCCCGGUACGAGUCCGAAUGACAAUUCCGAUUCGUAGUUACAGAAAUGAAGAGAUGAAAAAAAAAUUAAAUGAUGAAAAAUAAAGAGAUAUAAAUAAAGGGAGGGGGUAGAGAAAUUAUAAAACACGAAUCCGAACGUUUGCGCGGGUUACGAUGCAGUUCUAUAUAUAAUACGAUAAGCAUAAUUACAUCUCGUCGUAUAAUUAUCGUCAUUUCCUUGUAUUGGACGCUGGUGCGUUUACGAUUCGUCUUUUAUUUAUCGUCUGAUUUUUGUCGUCCUUGUCGUGUAUUCGAUACGAGCUCGUACGGAACGAUAUUAUAACAAGUGAGUGAGCGUAUGUCGGUGGUACGAUUAGUGCAUUACUUGUUAUAAUAAAAAGAAUCAUGUGUUACUAA